GGAAAGGAGCCGAGGGCGGAAGUGGCGCUGUUUGAGAUUUGGAGUAGGGGUAAAGGGGAUACUGAGUGGUCGGCGGACUGGUGGUUGCGGCGACGGUCCCGCAGGCGGGAGCGGCUGGAGAUUCGUUUUCCUCGCCAACAGUCCAGCCUCCUCAUUGGAGUCCAAGGCUCUUGUGACAGGCCAUGGCGGGCCGUGGUGGAGCUGCACGGCCAAAUGGACCAGCUGCAGGCAAUAAGAUCUGCCAGUUCAAACUGGUACUUCUGGGAGAGUCAGCUGUUGGGAAGUCCAGCCUUGUUUUGCGCUUUGUGAAAGGACAGUUUCAUGAGUACCAGGAAAGCACAAUUGGAGCUGCCUUCCUCACACAGACCAUCUGCCUAGAUGACACAACGGUCAAGUUUGAGAUCUGGGAUACAGCCGGACAAGAGCGCUACCACAGCUUGGCACCCAUGUACUACCGGGGUGCGCAAGCAGCCAUUGUUGUCUACGACAUCACCAACAUGGAUACUUUUGUGCGAGCCAAGAACUGGGUGAAGGAACUGCAGCGGCAAGCCAGCUCUAACAUAGUCAUUGCCCUGGCAGGGAACAAGGCUGACUUGGGCAGCAAGCGAGCUGUUGACUUCCAAGAAGCCCAGACAUAUGCAGAUGACAACAGUCUGCUGUUUAUGGAGACAUCAGCAAAGACAGCAAUGAAUGUGAAUGAAACCUUCAUGGCAAUCGCUAAGAAGCUCCCCAAAAGUGAACAGCCAUGUGCGGCAGGGUCAGCAGGUAGGAAUCGAGGUGUCGACCUCCAGGAGAGUAGCCAACCCAGCAAGGGGCAGUGUUGCAGCAACUGAGAGAUUCCUGCUUACUCCUUCAGGCAGCCCCAACUGGAAUGCACCUGAACCAAUCACACUUACAGAAGAACAGCUGCCAAGAUCCCUCCUUUUUUCCGUCCCCAAUUCUUCCUCUUUUCUUCAUUCUUCUGAUUACAAAAUGUGUGUGAGGAGGGGGAAGCAAAAACCACCUCCUCUUCUAUACAAAUGAUGAAUUCGUAUUUUUUAAAGUCUUAGUCACCUUUUUAAAACACAAAUGAACUGGGGCAUUCCUCUACCACUUUUCAUGGGUAGAUGGUGAUGCAUGUCUUCAGCGCUUUGGUCUUUCUGUUCUUUGCCUUUUAUUUUUCUGAAGGAUUUUACAGCCUUGCACUGUCUCACAGCUGCUUAGAAGACAGAAAUUCCUGUCUAAGACAGGAUGUGACUUUUGGAAUGUCAGCUUGGUGAUUCUAAGCCACUUCAACUGGUAGGGCUUAUCCUGUGGUAGUUAAAGGCUGGGGAAGAUGUGGAGAGUUGUGGACCUACUAUUUCCAGGGUUCCUUGGCUGGGAGCCUGGUUUAAAUAUGGCAUAGGCUUGGCCUUUAAUUAGCAAGUUACAGAACACACAGGUAACCACUAAAAGAAAAUGUAGCAUUAAUGCUAGAUCGAGAGAAACCUCUAUGCCUUGUUUUGACCAAAUCACAAUUAUGAGUAUUGGCAGGGUGGGGUUGGGGGGUGGGGUGCUGAUUUUCUUCUGUAUUUUGUAUUCUAGUUUUCAACAUGUAACCAAUCAGUAUCUCUUUAAUUACAUAUACAGACUAGCCUUUUGCCCACCUCUGUUUGCAUUGGGCUUUGGGUAUACCAACUCUGCAUUAAUUCUUUUAUUUACAUUUUGGAUGUAAUGCACUAAUUCAACCUAUUGAGAAAAAAUUGUAUAAAAAUUAUCACUUUUUUGAUGAACAACCUGCUGCCAUUGCUAAUCAUCCUAUAGUAUAUGUUGAUGAGUGUAUAGAUGCAGUAGGUAGGAAAAAUGGACACAAGCUGGGCUGUGGGGGGCAAAAACAUGUAUUCACAUACAGACAGAAUAUUGUUAAUUCCACUAAGUAAAGCUGCAGAAGGAAGGUUACAGAUUUUGCUUCUGAUCUAGUGCCUAAAGCAAUUUUGUCUUACUCAUACUGGUAUUUAAGAGAGAGUCUACAUUGGUCUCUUCAAUACAAAGCUCCUGUUGUGUAUGAUUUAAAAAAUUUUAUAAAUCUGAUAUUGACCAGAA